UUUGGUAGAUAAGAGCAAUAGCAGCUAACUACCCAUUUUCCUUUUAUAUACUGCUAGUUGUUUCUUCAGGUGAAGACAGAUUGGAGUUCAAUCAGUCUAGCAAAUCAUAAAACCUUUUUAAAAAUAAAAAUAAAGUUAUCAUCUUCAAAUUAAGAUGUACCAUCAUCAUGCAGAUAGACAUUUGUUUAUGCAAGGAGGCAAUGGGCAUGGGCAUGGUGUAGGUGAUUCAGGACUUGUCCUGUCAACCGAUGCCAAACCGCGUUUAAAAUGGACCCAAGAUCUUCAUGAACGGUUCAUAGAAGCAGUCAAUCAACUUGGAGGAGCUGACAAGGCUACUCCGAAAACAGUUUUGAAACUGAUGGGAAUUCCAGGACUCACAUUGUACCACUUAAAAAGCCAUCUUCAGAAGUACAGACUAAGUAAAAAUCUUCAUGGACAAACAAAUAGUGCAAAUAACAAAGUUGAUUCAGGGGAGAGGAUGAUAGCAGAGGCAAAUGGAACUCAGAUGAGCAAUCCAGCGAAUAUGGGUACCCAAACGAACAGCUUAGAGAUAAAUGAAGCAAUACAAAUGCAAAUUGAAGUACAGAGAAGACUUCAUGAACAGCUAGAGGUACAACGGCUCUUGCAGCUAAGAAUAGAGGCUCAAGGGAAGUACCUUCAAACAGUUCUAGAGAAAGCCCAAGACACACUUGGAAAACAAAACUUGGGGGCGAUGGAUCUAGAGAUUGCAAAAGCUCAAAUCUCGGAACUUUCCUUAAAGAUCUCUCCCAAUUGCUUGAAUUCCUCUUACCCGGCAGUAAUGAAGGAUUGUUCGGUGGACAGUUGCUUGACUUCCUGCGAUGCUGCUGCUGCGACGAUUUAUGAUCAAACUAGAUUACGGCAGUGCAAGUUUAAGGAAAACAACAAACGUAUGAACAAGGACAUAGAUACGUCAAUGGGAGUUGGGUUGCAAUCAGGGAAAGGAAAUGGCAGCGACAAUAUUCAUGCAGACAAAAGAUGCAGAAAAAUAACAGAUGGACGUGCCAAUUACUUCCAGGAAAAAGAUGAGAAGAUAGUAGUACCACCACCGUUUGGAAUGGCGUAUUUCAAACCGACGCUCGAUCUAAAUGCACUAGAGGAAAACGAGCAUCCUUCAGAUUACAAACAACUGGAUCUCAAUGGGUUAAGUUGGAACUGAUCAGUGAUUGAACUUGAAAGAGAUGGCCGGCUGCAUCAGAGAUCAAAAGGCAGAAGAAUCAGCACUAAUUUCUACCCACUUACUACAUAUAGUUUUGUUUUCAAUUCUCUUGCAGAAGAAAACUUAUCAUGCAAUUUGGUUAUAAAAAGGUUGUCUAUAACGACAAUGAUAGAAAACCGUCGCUAUUAAUAGAUUAACACAUGUUUGUAGUUAAUGUUAGACAAUUUUAGUAGUUGAUGCCUAAGAAACAACUGAGG